AUGCAAAUCCAAUACUUUGCUGAAAUCGUCUCUGAAUUCUCUGGUUUUCACCACACGCCGGGAUUCAAGGCGUCCCGAUCCACUGGUGAUUUUGAGAAGUUUUCUGGAACCAAAAAUUCGAGAAGAGCAUCUACAGAGUCAACGACAAGCAAUCAUUCGAUUCGGAUUCCUGUGGGAGUGGACGACGUGCCCAUCCUCUCUACUACCUCCUCCAAAAACCAUCCCCAUUUUACCAAAAACUUCGCCACCUCUCCGUCAAUCUCCCGUAUGGCAAGCCUCAGUCGUGUCCAGGAGAAGCUGCAACGCAAAAUCAAACGAUCAAAGAGCGAGGAGAGUCUGGAGAGUCUGGAGAAUCAGAAUUCGAGAAAAUCGUCCACCACUACGUCGUAUAGACUCUUGAUGAGAAUGUUUUUAUUCUCUUUCGUCGCUCAAUUCUUCACGAUCCCUCUUCUCAUUAUCAAUACUUACAUCAGUGCUCAAGUUUAUUUGAUAAUUAGCAAACUUCGCCCAGAAUACGAUGGAGAUGAUUCGUAUGAGGUGAUUGAAGGAUCAGAAGGAAGUUCGACGAAGAAAAUUGAUCUCUCAUGA